AGGAAGCGAGCCAAAGCCCUCGCCGCGUUUUCCAGCACGGGGAACCCUGUCUACAAAAAUGACAGCUCGAGCCCUUUGGCUUCUCUGUUUGCUCGUCGGAUGGUCCCCGGAAGCCCCGGUGGCAGAGAGAAAAGCGCCGCCUCGGCCCCGAAAGCCCGAAGCCCCGGAGACGCCGGGGCCGCGCGCGCUGCCGCUGCCGGAGUUCGCGCGCCGCCCGCGCGCCGCCUACGCGGGGCCGCGCGCCUGGCCGGACCCCCGGCGCCGGGAGCCUUCCGCACCGCCAGCUGACAACCGCGCCGGCUUCCGGGAUGCCGCGCGCGCGCCCGCAGGGCUUCCGGGCCCGCGCCUCGCCCAGGCGGAGAACCGCGCGUCCCCGCCCGAGGACUCCCCGCGGCGCGCGCGCUCUCGGGCCCUGCGACCCCCGGCCGCGCGCGCCGCCGGCCCCGCCCACCCGAACCGGCCGCGCGCCGCCGCACAGCCCUCUGGAACCCCGCAGCCGCUGCCGCCCGAAGACGCGGAGCCCGAGACCCAUCCCUGCGCGCGCGCCUGCAGCGCGGACGCGGACGAGCGGGAGGCCUACUGCGCCAGCGAAUUCGCAGCCGUGAACGGAAUCGUGCACGACGUGGACGUGGUGGGCGCGGGCAUGCGGCUGGUGACUCUGCUGGUGGACCCUGACGGGCUGUACAAGAUGAACCGCCUGUACAUCACCCCCGACGGCUUUUUCUUCCGCGUGCACAUACUAGCCCUGGACUCCUCCAGUUGCCAUAAGCCAUGUCCAGAAUUUAAACCUGGAAACAGAUAUAUUGUGAUGGGCCACAUCUACCACAAGAGACGCCAGCUCCCCAAGGCUCUGCUCCAGGCCCUGAGAGGGCGCCUGCGUCCAGGAGACGGAUUGCUCAGGGGCAGCAGCAGCUACGUGAAGAGAUUUAACCGAAAACGGGAGUGGCAAGUUCGAGGUGCCGCGCACACCCAGUGCAUUUGAACAGACCAACUUGGUACUUGUGGGUCUCAAGACUGGGAACCUGGCAGUAAGGCAGGGAAGGUCGGUCGUCACAUAAGCAGGGGGCUUCUAUGAAAUUGGGCUCACAGCUAGCUAGCUACCUUACGAAUUACUGUGCAGCUUAACUCUAAGGCUGUUAUUUUAUUUACAACAUUCUGACAAGGUAUGCUCCAAAGUGACAGACAGCAACACACACAGCAUGGACACUGACCUGCCAGGUCAACAGAGGCACACCACUUUGU